GCCUUGACUCACAUAUACCUUGGAAGCAAUGCGUUAAUACCCAUAGAACGUUUAUAGCGUCUCUCAAACAAAGUGAACUGUGAUGGGGAUAUUACUUCUAUAUUGUUCCUCUAUUUUGAUUCUGGAACAGAUUGGAUUUGGGUAUUCUCAAACGACAGUAUUUGAGAAGAACAUCCUCAAAAGACAUAAUGAACUGAGAGCUCUUCAUGAAAAUACACCUCCUUUGAAAUGGCAUAAGUCGAUGGCAACGCGUGCCCUGAAUUACUGCAGAUCGCUGGCGCGUACCGGAAGGUUUGCCCACUCCUCGAGUGCAUCACGCAAGAAUCCCCAUGCUGGUGAGAAUCUUUGGAGAAUGUCAUCCACCAUCAAGGCGCAACCAAAUCAUCUAGACAGUUUUGGGAUUAAGGCUGCUCAAGAUUGGUAUGAUGAGAUCAAGUAUUACGAUUACAAAAAACCUGUCUUCGGCACAAAGACUGGUCACUUCACACAAUUAGUCUGGGAUAACACUGAAUCGGUUGGUUGUGGUUUAGCUAGCGGAAAGAAGGGAAUGUGGAACACGUAUACCGUCUGUUGUCAGUACACGCCACCUGGCAACUACAUUGGGCAAUUCGCUCAACGAGUCCAUCGACUGAAACCGAAAAUCACCACAACAACAACUACGACAACCACACCAAGACCAGAAACUAAGGAUCACGUACCGACAAGACCAAAAAAUGGAGGCAUGCUAAAGAGAUGCUUGAGAGGUACAUGCACGGCUACAUACUCAUGUGACACAUGCUUUACACUAAGUGGGCCUGCAAAAGCCAAAUGCAAAAGUACAAGAUCAUGUGAAGGUUCUUCACGUUUUUGUGAUCCAGUUGGACCAGACCACGAGGACGAGAAGACCUGUGUUUUAAAAAAGCGUGGGAACACAUGUGAUCGACUAACUGGAUGCACAUUUAUGUGCCCGCAACUCAAUUCACCAGUACACGGAUCUAUAACGCCUACCGCAACAACAGCUGGUACAAGCAAAUCAGGAACAAAAGCUACGUACGCAUGUGAUACGGGAUAUGUUCUGGUUGGUACCAAGCUAAGGACGUGUGGUAGAGAUGGGAUGUGGAGCGGUAGUGCGCCUGGUUGUGUAAAAGCUGGUGCUCUUGGAGUAGAAUUCAAUGCACAGACGAAACUAUGUGGAGAUCAAAACGGAAAUCCAACCGUGAAAAUAGGCCAAGAUGCUGCUAUGGAAGUCACCCUAAAAUAUACAUUUAAUAAUCCGAACAAAUUGAAAACCGUGGAUGCGAUCUAUCAUGUCCUUGUGGACGGCCCGGGUAGGGGUUUAGUUGAAACCAAAUUGGCGACAGUACCAAAAGCGACAACUAACCGACCUGGGACAGCUACAAAUAUGCCAAAUGGCGAUUCGUACAAAUCGAAAUUCAUAUGUUCAAAGACCGGAACAUUUACAUUAAAAUUUUCAUCAUGGUUAUCUGGCCAAUCUACGAAAAUUGUCGAGUCAUGUGAAAUUAAAUGUGUAAACUAGGGAUUAUUGGUG